CGGUGUACGGGUUGACAGUCAAAUAGACUGACAUUCGAGAACAACUCAACGAGUGUCCUGGACGUGUUUAGAGCGAUGCGAGGGCAAGGCUGAACCUGAGCCUGCGAGAAAUAGAUCAGAAAUCCGUGAAACUCAACUCAUUUAGUCGAGAAAUAAAGGCUAUUGUUCUUCUACAAGCGUUUGAAGGAAGCAGCCGAGAAAUCAUGUCGGUGCUGGCGCUGCAAGAGUACGAAUUCGAGAGGCAAUUCAAUGAAGAAGAAGCCAUUCGAUGGAUGCAAGAGAAUUGGAAGAAGUCCUUCCUCUUCUCUGCACUCUACGCUGCCUGCAUACUGGGUGGGCGGCAUGUAAUGAAACAAAGGGAGAAGUUUGAGUUGAGGAAACCUUUGGUACUGUGGUCUUUGACACUUGCAGUCUUCAGUAUAUUUGGUGCCGUCAGAACUGGAGGCUACAUGAUGUACAUCUUGAUGACCAAAGGCCUAAAGCAGUCAGUGUGCGAUCAGAGCUUCUACAAUGGACCAGUCAGCAAGUUCUGGGCCUAUGCUUUUGUGCUCAGCAAAGCACCUGAACUAGGAGACACACUAUUCAUUGUGUUGCGCAAACAGAAGCUGAUUUUCCUGCACUGGUAUCAUCACAUCACAGUGUUGCUCUAUUCCUGGUACUCCUACAAAGACAUGGUGGCUGGUGGGGGCUGGUUCAUGACUAUGAACUAUCUGGUGCAUGCCGUCAUGUAUUCAUACUACGCUCUUAGGGCUGCUGGCUUCAAAAUCUCCCGCAAGUUUGCAAUGUUCAUCACUCUGACGCAGAUCACUCAGAUGGUGAUGGGUUGCGUGGUCAACUACCUAGUGUAUUCAUGGAUGCAGCAAGGGCAAGAGUGCCCGUCACAUGUGCAGAACAUAGUGUGGUCAUCCCUCAUGUACCUCAGCUACUUUGUGCUCUUCUGUCAGUUCUUUUUUGAAGCCUACGUCAACAAGACCAAAUCCACUGCAGCCAAGAAAAGCCAUUAAAUGAAGCAAAAGAUUAAAAAUAAAAAAUGGGGGAAAAUUAACGUAAAAGUGGACCAAUGAAUGGAUAGUGGCAGGGUAAAUGAAGGAGCUGUUAGGGCUUAUGUACUUGCGGAGGAAAGAAAUGAAGACCAUGAUGGGCUACUAUCAAAGUUUGUGCAUUAUCUAUGUACUACUAACAUAUAGAGGUAAACCUCCUCAACACUAGGGGAGCUCUAUUGGGCUGCACUGAGAAAUCAUUACGAUUCUGAUAUCAGUUGAAGAAAAAUGUGUCAAUGUGAUGUUUAUGUGCCCAAUAUGAUUCUCUGUAUUUUAAAGAAAAUGUAUAGAUAAGAAAGGGAUUAAAAUAAAUCGAAAUAGAUGUUAGGAGAAGAGGACCAAAUCGACUCAAUGACAUUUUGAAAAAAAAAAAAAAAUGUGAAUGAAUUCUAAAUUGAGAGGAAAUUAUAUGAAUAUAAUUUAUAUUUGUGUGGUUAUGUCUUAAAAAUUGUCUAAACAUG